UCAAAACUUGAAUUGUUCAUGCCAAUUGUGUCUUUUACCAUUUUUGUAUCGUGUCGAUUAGUAUGUUUUUUCUCGUUUAAUAAUUUCAGUAAAUUACAAUACUGUUAUUAUUUAUUAUUUAUAUAUAAUAGUAACAAAUAGUACAAUCGUUAUCGCUAAUUGAGAUCCAAUGACAUCGACACCGAGGAUGGACAAGACCCAGAAACUUGAAAUAUUGCGAAAUGCAAUAAAAAGUUAUCCAGAUUUUCCUCAACCAGGAAUCGAAUUUCGAGAUAUAUUCGGCGUAUUCCGCGAUGUAGUAGCAUUGAGAGCAAUGAAAGACUUGAUAGUGGAGCAUGUUUUAUUCCUUGAAGUUGAUUUGGUUGUAGGUCUGGAUUCCAGAGGUUUCCUCUUUGGACCUACCAUUUCUUUGGAACUGGGAAAGCCUUUCUUACCCAUUAGAAAAAAAGGGAAACUCCCAGGGAAAGUUUCACAGAAGAGUUUUACUCUCGAAUAUGGAGAGGCUACAUUUGAAAUUCAAGUGGAAAACAUAACUAAAGGUACACGUGUGCUAAUCGUGGAUGAUUUAUUAGCAACAGGAGGUACAAUGGCUGCUGCAGUAGAAUUGUUACAAUCAACUGGUGCUGAAGUAGUUGAAUGUUUAGUAAUAAUAGAGUUAAAUGGAUUGAAGGGAAGAGAUAAACUGGGUGUACCAACUCAUUCAUUUAUUCAAUAUGACUAG